AUGGACAAGGCACUUCCCAAUGCCCCGCCGCCCAAGUCGGCUCUUGGCCGUUACCGUCUGCUCGCGCCUAAUGCUGCCGUGAGAGUCAGCCCUCUCUGCCUGGGCGGCAUGAACUUUGGCAAUGGCUGGAAGGAAUUUAUGGGCGAGUGUGACCAGGCUACGACCGAAAGCAUCCUCGAUUUCUUUUACGACCAGGGCGGCAACUUCAUCGACACCGCCAACAAUUACCAGUUCGGAGAAUCGGAGCGCUGGAUCGGCGAGUGGAUGAAGAAGCGUGGCAACCGAGACGAGAUCGUUCUCGCGACCAAGUUCUCCACAAACUUCCGAUCCGGCCCCGACGCGCCGCAUAUCCUGGCCAACUUCAACGGCAACGGCACCAAGAGCUUGAUCACCUCGGUCAACGCCAGCCUGAAGAAGCUGCAGACCGACUACAUCGACUUGCUCUACAUCCACUGGUGGGACUACAGCACGCCGAUCCCCGAGCUGAUGCAGAGCCUCAACCACCUCGUCGCGUCGGGCAAGGUGCUGUACCUGGGCGUGAGCGAUACGCCGGCCUGGAUCGUCAGCAAGGCCAACGAGUACGCGCGCAACCACGGCCUGCGCCAGUUCUCGGUCUACCAGGGCAACUGGAGCGCGGGCAGGCGCGACUUUGAGCGCGACAUCAUCCCCAUGUGCAAGGAGGAGGGCAUGGGCAUCGCGCCGUGGGGCGCGCUCGGCGGCGGCAAGUUCAAGACGGAGGCGCAGCGCAGGGCCGGCGAGGGCCGCCAGAUCAGCUUCUCCGAGUCGGACAUCAGGGUCAGCGCGGCGCUCGAGAAGAUUGCCAAGGCCAAGGGCACCGUCAUCACGAGCAUCGCCAUGGCGUACGUCAUGCAGAAGACGCCCAACGUGUUCCCCAUUGUUGGCGGGCGCAAGGUGGACCAUCUCAAGGGCAACAUCGAGGCGCUCUCCAUUGAGCUGAGCGACGCCGAUAUCGAAGCCAUUGAGAGCGCAGUGCCGUUCGACAUGGGGUUCCCGCACACCAUGCUGUGGGCUGGCAGCCCGGGCAUGCCAAAGCAGUCAAAGGUCAUGUGGGCGCUUGCCAUGGGUGGCAUUAAUGACUACGUGGAGGAGCCCAAGGCAAGUCUUGCGUCCAUGUCGGCUUGA